UUCGUUUCAUCAUUUUUCAGGAAUAAGUAAAUAAAUUUCUACUGAAAUUCUGAAUUAAAUGAAAUUUUGUUAGUAAUCGAAUUACAAUUUAAAUUUUUUUAAAUUCAAGAUAAUAUAAUAUUUAAGUUGACGCUUAAAGAAAAAAAAAAAAAAGAAAAAAGAAAAAAAAAGGAAAAACGAGACAUUCUUGUUGAAAAAUAUCUUUCAUAGAUAGUUCUAUCGGAAAACACAAGACGGACGCCAUCUUUCAUUCCUAUUUCGAUCAUCUCUUUUCUAAAGGCUAAUUUACACUUAUUGAAACGCGUUAUGAGAAAACAUCAUAGUGAGAAAAAAGACUUUUAAGGUAAUUUUUUGUAGGAUUAAAAUAAAUGUUGGGCUAAACAUAAACGCUUGAAUCUAUUUUAUAAUCAUUUCUUUCUUCAUAAAUAAUAUAAAUUGUAGAUUGUCAUUAAAAAAUAAAAUAAAACUAGUGCAUGGUAGAAAUACGCGAUCAUGUGCGUAUACCUUGUUACUUCUUUUUUCUUUCGUUGCGUUAGCGUUUGCAUUUGCGUUGCGUUUGCGUUUGCGUUUGCGUUGACGUUAGUUCCUCUCUCUCUUUAGCACGCUGGAUAUUUUAUUAGAGUUUCUGAUAAAGUUUGUUGCGUUGAUAAUUUGCUGAGAAAAAGUUAUUCGUUUAUGAAAACCCUAAAAAAUUUACAUUUAUUAGGCAUAGAUCAACACGCAUAAGUCAAGUGCAGUUGUAAAAGUUGAGACUCCAAGAGUCUCACAAUCCAAAUAUGCAAGAAGUGGAAGGUACAGACGGUUCACCAUGGAACAAUUCCAGUGGCUGUGAAGAAGAGCGGAGAUCGAAUCAAAAGGAGGGUAAAAAGUCUAAUGUUUUACCAUUAUGGGGUAAUGAAAGAACCAUGAAUCUGAAUCCAUUGAUAUUGACAAACAUACAAUCUUCGCAUUACUUUAAAGUGAAUUUAUAUGAAUUGAAGACUUAUCACGAAGUAAUAGACGAAAUUUAUUAUAAAGUAUCACAUUUGGAACCAUGGGAAAAAGGGAGCAGGAAAACGGCAGGCCAAACUGGCAUGUGUGGAGGCCGGUUCAUGCAGGUACGAGGCGUAGGUGCUGGCGGUAUCGUCUCAACAGCUUAUUGCCUUUUGUUUAAACUGUUCACGUUGAGGUUAACCAGGAAACAAUUGAAUGGUCUAAUUAACCAUCUGGAUUCACCGUAUAUCCGUGCCUUGGGCUUUAUGUAUAUCAGAUAUACCCAACCGCCAGCAGAUUUGUUCAGUUGGUAUAGCGAUUAUUUAGAAGAUGAAGAAGAAGUAGACGUAAAGGCGGGUGGUGGUCAAGUGAUGAAAAUGGGUGAUAUUUUAAAACAGUUUUUAACAAAAUUGGAAUGGUUCUCCACGCUCUUUCCAAGAAUACCCGUACCUAUACAGAAGGAACUGGAACAUCGAUUAGCAGAAAGAUUUCCACAACAGACUAUUAACGCUCGCAAUGCAAAGCCACCUAUUACGUUAAACAGUCAUGGCAAAUAUAGUAAUAAUAGUACUAGUGGUAGAAGAGAUAACGGGAAUCUUAUGAGAAAUCAACAACCACGUCAUAUCCCAGACAACGAAGCUCAAUGGGGAGAGGCAGAAAGAGCAAGCCACUGGCGAGCCAGGUCUGAUGAAGAUCGUAAGGAUAAAUACAGAAAACGAGAGAGAGAACGGGACGCGGAUAGAGACAGAGUUCGAGAACGAGAAAGGGAUAGAGCACGCGAACGAGAUCGAGAGAGAGAAGGACAUUUUAGGCAUUCGAGUAGUCGCGAUAGAAGUCGAAGAUCGAGAGAUUACAGAAGUCGUAGUAGAGAGAGAUCGUAUAGAGACCAGAGUAGGGACCGUCAUCGUGACAAGGAUCGACACCGAAGCAGAAGUUCCCCAUAUGACUAUACCGCAGCGCUCGCUUGCGAGAAAGAACGACAACGAAGAGAAUGAGAUAUAAACACAGUUGCAAAAAAAUCAAUUUAUGUGUGUAUACGGAUAUUGGUGGCGUAUGUAUGUAUGUAUGAUUGCAUUGGUGCGUAAGCAUGCGCGAGUUAUGUACCUAUAUGCGCAUGUACAUAAAAUGCGUGCUGCUGCCACCAUUGCUGUGCGUGCGCGCGCGCACGCUGUGGGGCGCAAAUAAAAACGUCUUAAUAUAACUGUGGAAGUGAACACGAUUUAGAGCCGAGCCAUUCUUAGAGCGACAUCUCCAACAACAAAGUAAUAUCCAAAAUUUGAUCCAACUAUGUGCAACACAUGUAGUUUCCAUGUUUUUAUAAAAUAAAUUGUGGAAGACAUUUAUAA